AUGGCUUUUGGAGUGUACACCUCCAAACAAGUUGCCAUGCGCAAAUCUUCUGAACGGCCACUACUAAGUAUCGCUAGCUCGUCCUCGACAGCUCCCAGCGAUGACUUUGAGUACGAGGUCGACCGCACUAUAUCAAGGCAUGAGCGAAGACGGCGGCGCAAAGCUCAGAUUGUAACACUUUGCCGAAAUACACUCAUCGGCGUCCUUUUGCUUGUCGUCAUGCUGCAGACUGCGAUACUCCACUCCACCUGGCUACAGUCCAAGGACCCACGACCUCUUGAAGAGUUCAACUCGCUUGUCCCUUCUGUUGGAUCCAAAGUAAAAAUAUUCAAGGCAGAUCCGAGCUUUGAGCCACUGAAUGCCACCGAUGCGAGUUGGAUGAAAGUCAUGCCAGCUGGUGGCGGUUUUAUAUCCGUUGACGAUUGGAGCGACAAGUCGUUGCCGCCUCCAAUUCGAUCGCGCGAUAAGAAUUUAUACAAUAUUGCCGUCUUUCAUCAACUGCAUUGCUUGCACAUGCUAGCCGAGGAGUUUAGCAAUCUGUUGGGCAACAAUAAACAUCAUGGGCAUGAGGAUAUGUCAGACGACCUGAUGAUGUGGCACGUCAGUCAUUGCUUCGAGUACCUGAAGAAUUCCUUGACGUGCUGUGCCGACACUGCCUUAGAGGGACAGAAGAGUGAUACUGAUGAGCCUGCCACCGACGGCUUUGGGGCAUACCAUGUUUGCAGGGAUUUCGAAACUGUAUUCGAUUUCGCACGAAAGCAUCGCAUCUCGGACCAGGGUGGUUAUCCUCACGGGACAGCGUAG